ACGGUCCUAGCGCCGGCCAUCACCGAUAAAGAGGGCCUGACGCGGAGCGGCCACGUUCGGCUACGACAACACGGUAUUCUGCCCCUCCACCCGCUCCAGCCCUCCAUUCUUCUGCGGGCGGCUUAAAUAAGAGAGGGCCGGGGCUCUCCCGCUCCAGAGCGCGCUUCGGCUGCUUUAUUGUUGGCGGGGCGGUUAGGCGAAGAGUCGCUUUAACCCGGGAAGAGAAGGAGGAGGACGAGAAGACGAAAGCAGGUGGACUGCAGCAUAAAGAACAAAGGCAAACAAUCACAAUGCAAGCUCAUGAAUUGUUCAGGCAUCUGCGAAUGCCAGAACUCGGUGAUGUAAGGCAAUACGUGCGCACUCUUCCAACAAACACUCUGAUGGGAUUCGGUGCUUUCGCAGCUCUCACAACUUACUGGUACGCCACAAGACCAAAAGCUCUGAAGCCACCAUGUGAUUUAGCAAUGCAAUCUGUGGAGGUAGAGGGUGAAGAGUUUGCACGUAGGUCGUCAUUGCUUGAGAGCAACGAGCCAAUAAUGUACUACUAUGAUGAUGUGAGAACAGUUUAUGAUGUCUUCCAAAGGGGAAUGCAUCUGUCAAACAAUGGUCCUUGCUUGGGUGUAAGGAAACCAAAUCAGCCAUAUGAGUGGAUCUCUUACAAAGAGGUUGCAGAAAGAGCAGAAUGUAUUGGUUCAGAACUUCUCAACAGAGGUUUCAAACCAUCUCCUGACCAGUUCAUUGGAAUCUUCUCACAGAACAGGCCUGAGUGGGUUAUUAUUGAACAAGGAUGUUACACUUACUCUAUAGCAGCUGUACCCCUGUAUGAUACCCUUGGAACAGAAGCUAUCACUUAUAUUGUAAAUAAAGCUGACAUAGCUUUGGUUUUUUGUGAUAAGCCCGAAAAAGCUAAGCUUCUGCUGGAUAGCAUAGAGAAGGGAGAAGUGUCAGUCCUCAAAACUAUUGUGAUCAUGGACCCCUUUGACACUGAUCUUGUGGCUCGUGGGCAGAAGUCUGGAGUGGACAUCAUCACUCUGAAAGAAAUGGAGGCAUUGGGAAGAGCCCACAAACACAAACCCGUACUUCCAAAACCAGAAGACCUAGCCAUAGUCUGUUUCACCAGUGGAACUACAGGAAAUCCAAAAGGAGCAAUGCUUACUCACCAAAAUAUAGUGAGCAAUAUGUCAGCAUUUGUGAAAGCUACAGAGAAAGCAGUUUUUCCUUCUACAGAAGAUAUCUUAAUCUCUUUCUUGCCCCUGGCCCAUAUGUUUGAAAGAGUUGUGGAGUGUGUGAUUCUCUGCCAUGGAGCUCGAAUAGGAUUUUUCCAGGGAGACAUCAGGCUGCUUAUGGAUGACUUAAAAACAUUGCAGCCUACAAUAUUUCCAGUUGUGCCAAGGCUGCUGAACAGAAUGUUUGACAAAAUUUUUGGCCAAGCAAACACUUCAUUUAAGCGGUGGAUAUUAGACUUUGCUUCCAAGAGGAAAGAGGCAGAACUUAGAAGUGGAAUAAUUCGGAAUAAUAGCCUGUGGGAUAAAAUGAUUUUCCGUAAAAUACAGGCAAACCUGGGAGGAAAAGUCAGGCUAAUGGUUACAGGGGCAGCUCCUGUUUCUGCAAAUGUACUGACGUUCCUAAGAGCAGCUCUUGGUUGUCAGUUCUAUGAAGGUUAUGGACAGACAGAAUGCACAGCUGGAUGUUCCAUAACAAUACCUGGUGACUGGACUGCUGGUCACGUUGGUGCCCCAAUGCCUUGCAAUCUCGUAAAGCUUGUUGAUGUAGAAGAAAUGAAUUAUUUUGCUGCUAAAGGAGAGGGUGAGGUUUGUGUGAAAGGGCCCAAUGUAUUCCAAGGCUACCUGAAGGACCCCGAAAAAACUGCAGAAGUGCUUGACAAAGAUGGUUGGCUACACACUGGAGAUGUUGGGAAAUGGUUACCAAAUGGUACUUUGAAAAUAAUUGACAGGAAAAAACACAUAUUCAAACUUGCACAGGGAGAAUAUAUAGCCCCAGAAAAAAUAGAGAAUAUUUAUUUGAGGAGUGAACCUGUUGCCCAGGUAUUUGUCCAUGGUGAAAGCUUGCAGGCCUUCCUAAUAGCAAUAGUGGUACCAGAUCCAGAAGUGUUACCCACCUGGGCUAAGAAAAAAGGACUGGUGGGGUCAUAUGAAGAACUAUGCAGAAACAAAGACCUUAAAAAACUCAUUCUGGAAGAUAUGGUGAAAGUUGGAAAAGAUUUUGGCUUGAAGUCAUUUGAACAGAUCAAAGCCAUCACUCUUUACCCUGAAAUGUUCUCUGUCGAGAAUGGCCUACUCACACCAACAUUAAAGGCGAAGAGACUUGAGCUUCGCAAGUACUUCAGGUCCCAAAUAGAAGAACUCUAUGCUAAUACCCAGAUGUAACUGAGGAAAAACUGUUGGAGAGAAUGGCACUUGCUAUCAACCUUCAUAUCUACAAACUGAAUACAGCAAACAUAGAGAGGAAAAAAGUGCAAUCAUUAACUAUAUACAAAAGGGUACUUGACAUAGGAAAACAGAAGAAAAAUGGAACACUGCCUUACUGUCCACUUGUGUUGCAGAACCAUUUUUAUAGUGACAUACAACUUUCUCAAUGCGCCUUAAAAUGUAAAUGUAAAUCUAUGUGAUUUGUAAGUUAUUUAAGACUUCUUCAGCCAAAAAUAUGACUCUCUCCAAGGCAUGUAAAGGGAUAUGUGUGUUGCUAGCCCUUCUGUUGUCUUUUAAGUAUACUGUACAGCUGGUGGUAAACUGCCAAAAGAUUUGGUGUAUGGAGGUUUUUAAUGUAUCACAACUGAACACCAAGGAGUAUCCCUUAUUUGUGUUGGCUCUAGAACCUGGGCAGAAUUUUGGCUGUCAUGGUUCUCCACAGAUGACUUGGAAGCUUUAUUUUAAUUUCUGAGUGUUGAUGCAGACAGCUGCAAGAUGAAUCAUCAAAUAUUUUAACUUUAAAAUUAGUUGGGCAAUGUCUUUACUCCCUAGGAGUCUAGAUGAAACAGUCAAUGCUACACAAGGUAUGAACUCUUCAUGAACUCUAGAGAUGGCUGAGUCACCAGCUGUGGUGUGCUGGAGAAAUCACAUGGAUGUGGAUGAAAUUCCAAUCCUGGGGCUAAUGUUCAUGGUCAUUCAUGGCAAAACUCCUGGAUCGUCACAGUAAAGCAGGCAUGACCUCUAUCAUGUAACUUGCUGGGUUUUAUAUAAUGUUAGUGUCUUCCUCUGAUCCAUGGGAUGUGUUAGGAAAAUAAGAAUAUCCUGGAUGAAAUUGAUCGAAUCAGAAAGUCAACACUUUCUAAGUGUAUGAAAGAAGAAGAAGAAUGCUGUGCAACGUGGGAUACCCUUUCACUGAGGGUAAGGGAGGAUAUGAAGGUUAUGUAUCUGUGCAGUAGGACUGCUGUAUCUGCAGGAUCAGUACCACAGUUUCAGAUAUCCACAGCCUGAAAAUGUAUACUUAAAAAAAAGAAGAAAUAAGCAUUUUCAAGGUAUAUUACCAGAACUGGCCACUAGAGGGAACCAGAAACUGUGCUAUACAGUAGGGUUUGCUAUAUCUGUUUGCUCUCAGCAUCAGUGGGGUGGGGGUGGGGUUGAAACCAAUC